UCAUGCCAGUCACACACACACACUGGCUAGCCAAUAUCUAAGACCGAAAUUAAGCAGACAUAUUUUCUAUUCGGAAGUACCAAAAAAAAAAAAACAAAAAACAUGUCAUCUAGAUUCAAGUCGAGAAUUCCGGAACGCGUUAGAAACUCGCUAACGGUACUGGAUGGUCCAAACUCGCGGAUUUCCCGCAUCCGUGAUGCCGCGCUACCAAAUCGCAGUUCGCUGAGCCGCUCCCAUAUGCCGCUGCCGAUCAGCAACACGCUGAGCGCUCUGGUGAAGCCAGUGUCGCCGAAAGCUGUAUUCAAGAAAACGCUAACGGAAGAGGAAGCGGUGAUCCGCUCACUGGUGCGACGCUCAAAACCGCUGGCAGUACGUGGCAAUCGUACAUCCUUUCGUCGCAUUCAGUUGGCUCACGCUGCUCCGAUUGGCGAUUCCUCCGUGCUAUUGAAAGCCACCGAUAGCUUUUGCAGCGCCGAUUUCCGGCUGCAAAAACCAAUAAAGGAGGCAAUUCCGGCUGACCCAGAGAAGGAUCCUGCCGCUAGCAGGACAGCAAAGAGCCUGCUGGAUCUGGUGACCGGACGAAGGCAACCGGGUAUGGAACAAAUGCGUUUCCUUUGCAGCGAUCAUCGGCUGAUCAAUGUGCCCAGUCCCCUGAUGUAUCGCCAUUCGCGGAUAAUGAGCUAUUUGGAAAUGGAGGUGCAGCCCAUUCCGUUGCGGUCCAUUCGCUCGGUGACGCUGCUACGCGUGAUCAUGUGGAUGCACAAGAAGACUCUAUGCGCAAACGGAACUGAGAAUGUCGCCGAGGCGUCACCUACAGUUGAGAUGUGCAUUGGCAACAUCCGCAAAGGAAACGGAAACGCGAGUAGCGAGACCAGCUGUCAAAUCAGUGAGAUUACUCAAGGUAAUGCUCAACGUACGGUAAAUUUAACAAGUCAGAUUCUCGGCGAAAAAAUCGAAAAUGAUUGCUCAGAAAUAUGCAAGAAUAUAGAAUUAUAUAAUGAUAAUACACCGAUUAGAAGUGAAGAUACCGAGAAUAGUUGUGAAAACAAUAGUGAAGAUGAAGGCGACUCCGAGGAAUGUUUUGAAAAAAACAUGCAAAAUCAAGAAAAUGUUAUGGAAGAUAUGAAACGUAAUGUUAACAAACAAAACGAAAAUCAAAAAAACGAUAGCUGCACAAUUAUAAAUGAAACUAAUGGACAGCUAGUCGUAUAUAAUCCAAACAUUCAAUUCAUUUCAAAUAACGAAAGCACAAACAAAAGUAGUACAGAUUGCGCGAAAGAUACAAUUAAUGAAUUCACAAAAGUAAAUGGUAACCGUCAAGUUGGUUUUGUAAUUGCAAAAAGAAUUACCGACAUUGACAAAGACAAUAUCACAGAGAUAAAAACUGGCGAAGAUGAACUCAUUAUCGAACGUGAAAUCUGUUGCUCAAGAAGUGCGGAUAAUAUCGUAAUUCAUGCCAAUGUGAUGCAAAAUUUUUGUAAACGAUGUGGGAUUAUAAGGUGCGCAGGUGACAAUGCCAACGAUGAUCAAUGCGUUGCUGACUUGAAUGAAAUGAAGCGUUCCUCAUAUCUUCUCUGCUCCUGGGAGGAGCGAUUGUUGGGCAACGAACUGUACCAGCUGGUGGAGAUUAUCCUGGCGUCUCAUUACUUGGGCAUCGAGUCGCUGACAAUGAACGCCAUUCAUCAUUUCUGCGAGCUAAUGGCUCAAAGGACUCGCUCGGAAAGCUGCCUGAUGCUGAGGAUCAAGACACGAUUGGCGGGUGAUAACCACUGUCCGUUGAUCAGGGAGUCACUGUCGCUGGGAUGUCACCGAAAUAAUCAAGCAGAUGGCUCCGAAAUUGAGGAGCAGCAAUUCGAACCCAAUAGCCGCAUAGCCAGGAUCUUCAGGAAGCACCGACCGAACGGACGGCCAGCUAUUGGAGGUGGAAUGGGUGAUGGACUUUAUGCAAAAAAGCCUUGCAGUCGCAACCAUUAGGACGGUUUCCAAUCAAGAACAUGAACUCAUAACUUUUGGAUUGUAUACGCAAUAUACUUUUGU